CGCAGAAUUGAAGAAAAACCUAACUCAGACAAGAGAUGCCGUGCGCAGUAGUUCGUUCGCCGAUGUUCUCGCCAUCGCCGGUGUUCAGCAAAUCAACUGCUUCAUCUCCGAUCAGCCGGAACCUUUAUGUUUCCUCAUCAUUGUCACCGUCCAACUCAUCGUCGGUGUCGCCUUUACGCUCGCUGACUCUCCGACUUCCCACCCAGACCCGCAAUUUUAUUCGGAACGAAAUUAAUGAAGAUCCAUCUUGCUCAACCUCGUCUACAACCCCUACACCGGUUUUGAAGAGAAAGAGGCCGGCGAAAAUCAAUAUUCCGAUAUUGCCGUUGAAUUUCGAAUCAUGUGUUCAGACUCCGAGGGGUGAUGAUAGAUUGGACGAGGUUGAGGUUGAAGGAGAAGGGUACUCCGUGUACUGUAAAAGAGGAAAAAGGGGUGUUAUGGAGGAUAGGUAUUCGGCCAUCGUUGAUCACCAAGACUCUAAACAGGUUUUUUUCGCCAUAUUUGAUGGGCAUGGAGGAGCUGCAGCUGCAGAGUUUUCAGCAAGAAACAUGGGUAGGAAUAUUAUGAAUGAGGUUUCUGCUCAGAGUGAAGAACUUGAAAAGGCGGUGAAAGAGGGUUACCUCACAACUGAUGAUGAGUUUCUAAAGCAAAAUAUCAGGGGCGGAGCUAGCUGUGUGACGGCACUGAUUCACGAAAACAAACUUAUUGUCUCAAAUGCGGGUGACUGUCGCGCUGUUAUCAGCCGAGGUGGGGUUGCAGAGGCCCUAACAGUUGAUCACCGGCCCUCAAGGGAAAGUGAAAAAGAAAGGGUUGAAGCACUGGGUGGCUAUGUAGAUUGCCUCCGUGGUGUAUGGAGGAUUCAGGGAUCCCUUGCUGUGUCACGAGGAAUAGGAGACUCUGAAUUGAAGAGAUGGGUAAUUGCAGAUCCAGAAACAACAACAACAAUAUUAUCUGACCCCGAGCUUGAAUUCUUAAUCCUGGCUUCUGAUGGAGUAUGGGACAAGGUAAAUUAAGAAGCAAAGGUGCAUUAUGAAUUGCAGAAACAAAAAAAUUGUGUACUUGAAAUAUUUUAAUCUAAACUGAUCAUUUGUUUGUUAUCUUAUUUGCAGGUUAGUAAUCAGGAGGCAGUUGAUGCGGUCCGAUCUGUGUGCAUCGGUGUUGACAAUCCUAACCCACUCUCUGCCUGCAAAGAGAUCGUUAACAUGGCCCUGACAAGAGGCUCGUUUGAUGACAUAAGUGCAAUGGUCAUCCAUCUUAGCCAUUUUGUUCAGUGAUCUAGACUCCUUUUGGUAGCCAUAGUAGAGGCCUGGUCUGCGUGUCUAUAGAAAAAUAGAUCUUGACUUAGCUCACUGAAAUUAGUGUGUUACCAGACUCUUCCUUUUAGAAAUUUAAGGUUCAGCCAUCUCAACCACAUGACCCUUCCCAAACGGCAUCCUAAUGCUUGAGUGUAUUUAUUUGGGAUGAAAUGAGAAGCCUCCUGGAUUUGUCUGUGUGGUUGGUGAUCCAGACAUGCCAAGGCCAUACUUUUUCCUUGAGCUUAACAUGUUGAAUUCAUUACAAACUGAUAUUUUAUGUAACCAUUCACUUGUACAUGGAUUUUGAGUUUAAUCAUACAAUGAAUUUGAUGUUCUAUUCUCUGGCAACAAUGUUAUGAGAACGCA